AUGACGUACGAAAAUAAGAAGAGAUUCUCACAACAUCAACUCAGCAAGACAAAUUGAUAUCGAAGAAACUAAUGAGAGAUACGUGAUGCCGAUCACGCAAAAUAUUCUGACCGUAAGCCUGUGCCCAGGGGAGGCAUUACUCCACCGAAACCAUGGGAAAUUCUCUAAGAUUGUCCAUAGGAAAAUCGAAUAAUUGCUGUAGGACUUCCUCUACCAUUUCCGACAAGAGUUUCUGUAGACUUUUCCUCACAGAAACCCAUUAGGAUUUCCGAAAGGAUUGUCUCUCUAAAAUUAUGAAACUUUGAGUAUUUGCUGCAGCUCUUCCUGUAUCCGCUUUAAUAAACUACUCUGGUUUUGCAAGAAAACUAAAAAAAAUGCCAUUCGUUAUGCUAUUAGGCGAUCAUGAAUCUCAUUACGGAUACAAAGAAAUUUAUUUCUGAAUUAAUAGCAAAUUCCCACCUUUCGUAAAACUCUUUGAUAAUACCUUCUCUUAAAUGGCCAUUGAAGAGCCCUUUCCAAAAGGAAAUGAACUGGAAGUGGGUACCCCUGGCGCUCAAGGGUAGAAGUUGAUAGUUGAAGCAGGGGAUGGAAACCCUCCCACGUGGAGCGAAACCAGAUGAGGUGAGAGAUAAAUGGCCAACUUGACACCAGAAUGAGAGACAGAGACGUGUGAAGAUGGUGGGGAUGUUGGGCUAUAUUAAAUCAUCUCGAGUGUUCACAAACUCCAGUUACUGUCGAGACAUCAAGACAUAUACAUCACCCUCUGGGCUAUUAAUUAAGGAAUAUUCUUCGGACAAUUGUUUUACAUUUGGAUUGACGUGCUUCGAAAGAGGGAUUGCCCAAUUUGCUCGAAUGAAGCUCAUUUUUUCGUUUGUGCCAUUUAUUCUAAUUGUUCUCGGUGUAAUGGUGGCUAUGGCUAGAGGAUUUCCCGCCAGCGAUCCAGAAGCAAUGUAUCAAUUUCAGGCGAUGGAGAACAUGAGACAGAUACCCCAGUGGCACUGUCUGCGUUACCGAAAAUUUGAUCUCGUUCGUCGCUGCAGAAAUUACCGUCUCUCAAGAAAACACUGACCGAUAAGGAAUAGGCUGAAGGACACGAGUUUUCAUUCCAGCGAUCCACCAAAUAACUACUUAAAUUCACAGGGAUUACCGAUCGUCAGAAUAUUAUCAAGACUAGGAACAUUAGUACGAGUAGUACGUUAACUAGAUAUCCAAUGACUGAUUGGAAAAUUCGUACGAUUACUUCGACUGCAUGAUUUUCGAUAUAAUAAAUGAUCUUGUGAUCGUGGAUAUAUUUUUAUUUUUAACGAGUGAUUAGAAAGAAUUCUUACUGUUGUACUUUGAUCUACGAAAUUGUAAGCAGUUUAUGUCUUUGUUGGAGAGUUAUGGAGUUUUCUUAUAAAAAUAAUUGUUUAAAUGA